AUGGAGGGAAUGGAAGAAAGGUUAAGAAGAACAGAAUUGGGACAAGAUGAACUGAUUAAGAGGAUGGACGCGAGCGAUGCUAACCAGGCGGAGAUCAUAAGACAGCUGAGAGAGCUUGGAGCUGGAAUUCAACAGCUCAGAUCUGAAGAUUCUGGCGAUGAACGCAAUUACGGAGAAGGAAGGAUGAGCGGUGCUUCUGGUUCGAAUGGUAACCAGGGAGGGGCAGGGGUCGGUGAUGUAUGGGGCAGACAACUGGAAAUCCCUACUUUCUCUGGGCUUAACGCUUAUGCCUGGUUGAGCAAGGUAGAAAGGUAUUUUCAAGUGAAUGAGGUAGGGGAUGGUGAGAAGGUUGGGGUUGUCAUGUUAGUUUUGGAGGGAGAGGCUCUUUCCUGGUAUCAAUGGUGGGAGCUCAGUAAUCCCAUCGUCACCUGGAAUGGGUUUAGGCGUGAAAUCUUAGGCAGGUUCCAACCAUCGAUGCUUGACAAUCCUUAUGGACCUUUAUACGCGUUGAAACAAAAUGGCACGGUGGCUGAAUUUCGCGCUGAGUUCGAAGCCGUAGUUGGGACGAUGAGGUACGCUGACGAAGAGGUAUUGAAAGGAGCUUGGCUGAGUGGGCUGAGGGGUAGCAUCAGAGAAGAAGUCCUCAUGAACCCUGGGCUUGGGUUAUCAUCCAUGAUGAAAUUGGCCCAUAAAAUCGACAUCAGAAACGCAUCAUGGACUGAGGAGGGAUUUGGAUUUUUUGGACCAAAAAAUUAUAAUGGGCCUACUAAAACGAAUUUCGGCCCAAAGUCCACACCACUUAAUGUGUCCGCUUCUAGUAACUAUCAGAAGGGAAAUUCUGAAAUCCCUAAAUCUAAUUUAGGGCGAACUAUGCAACCCGAAUCUCCCCAAGGCAGCGUAGCCGGAAGUCGCGUGACGGAGGCUCCCAAGAGCAAAUUUCGGCGACUCUCCGACGCGGAGUCACAGGAGCGGAGACGGCUGGGUUUGUGUUUCAAGUGUAAUAAGAAGUGGGGGCCCGAGCACAAAUGCACAGCGCGACAACUACAUCUCCUCAUCGUUGACGAAGAUUUGGGAGAUCCGUCAGCAGCAGAGGACGAGAACCUGUCGGUUACUGCUGAGCAACUGAAGAACGAAGAAGACAUGGCUCUCCAGCUAACGUUGCAGAGCCUGAUGGGGAUUUCGUCUAAUCAAUCCAUGAAGGUUUGGGGGGUGAUCGAUGGCCGGAGUGUUGAGGUGCUCAUCGAUUGUAGGGCCUCGAGCAAUUUUGUUAAGCAAGGGUUGGUUGAUCAUUUAGGUCUUACGGUGGAAUCGACCCCCACAUACUCGGUUGAAAUUGGGAACGGGCACAAGAUAUCCUGUCAAGGGGUUUGUCGAGGGGUUGCAAUUGCCAUCCAGGGAAGCACUAUCGUCCAAGACCUGUUCCUAUUUGACUUGGGAGGGGCAGAUGUGGUGUUGGGGCUGGAUUGGCUCAGGGAAUUGGGGGAAAUAAAGGCAAAUUUUAGAGAGUUGACUAUCAAGUAUGUCUCCGAGGGUCAUGAAGCUGUUAUUAAAGGAGACCCUACACUCUCUAAAACCAUUUCUUCUCUUAAAUCGAUGGCCAAGGCUCUGGAGCAGGAGGGUCAAGGUUAUUUUGUGCAGUGGGAAGGUUCAGCAGCUUCUCAGAACUUUCAGGAAGAGUGGAAAGAGCUGGAUGAUUUGCUAGUUGAAUUUGGUGACAUUUUUGCUGAAGCCAAAGGGUUUCCUCCAAAGAGAAGUCAGGAUCAUGCUAUUGUUUUGAAGCCAGGCACACAGCCCUGUUAUAUUGGUGAAAAAAAAGAUGGGAGUUGGAGGGUAUGUGUUGAUUAUAGGGCUUUGAACAAGAUCACUGUCCCUGAUAAGUUCCCCCUACCAGUGGUAGAUGAACUAUUGGAUGAAGUAGGAGGGUCAAAGGUGUUUAGCAAGCUGGACCUCAAGUCCAGGUUUAAUCAGAUUCGUAUGAAUGUGGGGGAUAUCCCUAAAACAGCAUUCCGAACUCAUGAGGGGCAUUACGAAUAUUUAGUAAUGCCAUUUGGCCUUACUAACGCCCCUUCUACAUUCCAAGCCCUUAUGAAUGAUGUGCUGAAACCUCAUCUGAGAAAAUUUGCCCUGGUGGAGUAUUUGGGGCACAUUGUUACUGAAGAAGGAGUCAAGGCUGAUCCGGUUAAGAUCAAGGCCAUGGAAGAUUGGCCAGUUCCAAGGAAUGUUAAAGGGCUGAGAGGUCAUUUGGGGUUAACGGGAUAUUAUCGGAAGUUUGUCAAAGAUUAUGGGAAGAUAGCCCGACCAUUAACUGACUUGUUAAAGAAGGAUGCCUUCAAAUGGGGAGAGGGGGCACAUGUUGCGUUUGCUGAGUUAAAAAAAUUAAUGCCUUAUGUUCCUAUUUUGGCCUUACCGAAUUUCUCCAAGACUUUCGUGGUGGUUACUGAUGCUUAUGGCAAAGGCAUAGGUGUUGUCUUAAUGCAGGAGGACAGGCCUUUAGCUUAUAUUAGUAGAGGAUUCUCACAGCGGGCCAUGGGGAAAUCGGUCUAUGAAAAGGAAUUAAUGGCCGUGGUGUUUGCAGUCCAGAAAUGGAGGCCCUACUUGUUGGGGCGACAUUUUAUACCGGGUAAGGGAAAGGUUGUUGCAGACGCUUUGUCUAGAAAAGAAGAGUUUCUUCUUCUCUCCAAGGUGCAACUUCCUCAUUUGGAAGAGAUUGAUAAGGAAGUGCAGGCUGACAAUCGGCUUCGUGGAAUAAUUCAGAAUUUAUUGGAGGAUCCAGCCUCUCAUCCGGGUUUUCAGCUACACGGGGGACGCCUUUUCUUCAAGGAUCGGUUAGUAUUAUCCAAAUCUUCUCGCUUCAUCUCCUCUAUUCUGUCUGAGUUCCAUGAUUCUUGUAUUGGUGGCCAUUCUGGUUUUUCCAGAACCUUUAAGCGAAUGGUUGGAGUGGUUUUUUGGGAGGGUAUGCGUAAGACCGUGCAACAGUAUGUCUUGGAUUGUGCCAUUUGUCAACAAAAUAAGAUUCAAAACUUGUCCCCUGCUGGGUUGCUUCAACCUUUACCAAUACCGUCCCAGAUUUGGACAGAUGUGUCCAUGGACUUCAUUGGUGGGUUGCCGAAGGCUCAUGGUGUUGAUACUAUUUUUGUUGUGGUGGACCGGCUCACUAAGUUUGCACACUUCAUUCCUUUGGCUCAUCCAUAUUCUGCCAAGGAAGUGGCUGAAUUGUUUGUGAGGGAGGUAGUCUGGCUGCAUGGGUUCCCCUCCACCAUUGUUUCUAAUAGGGACCGGGUAUUUCAAAGCCAUUUCUGGUCAGAGUUAUUUAAAAGUGCUGGAACAAAACUUCAGUUCACAACUGCUUACCACCCUCAAUCCAAUGGCCAAUCGGAGGUAGUGAAUAGGAGUCUGGAAACAUAUUUGUGA